GCGGGCGCGCCGCUGCAUCCCCAUCCUCGGCGUAGCUCGGCUCAGGGCGAGCGGAGACUGGCCGGAGCGGGCGGGCGGGCGCAGCGCCGAGGCCCGGCCAUGGCCACCACCAGCAGCACCACGGGCUCCACCCUGCUGCAGCCUCUCAGCAACGCCGUGCAGCUGCCCAUCGAUCAGGUCAACUUUGUAGUGUGCCAACUCUUUGCCUUGUUAGCAGCCGUUUGGUUUCGAACUUAUCUCCAUUCAAGCAAAACUAGCUCUUUUAUCAGACACGUAGUUGCAACCCUUUUGGGCCUUUAUCUUGCAUUUUUUUGCUUUGGAUGGUAUGCCUUACACUUUCUCGUCCAGAGUGGGAUUUCCUACUGCAUCAUGAUCAUAGCAGGAGUGGAGAGCAUGCAUCAAUGUUGUUUUGUGUUUGCUUUGGGAUACCUCACAGUGUGUCAGAUUACUAGAGUCUAUAUCUUUGAUUAUGGACAAUAUUCUGCUGAUUUUUCAGGCCCGAUGAUGAUCAUCACGCAGAAGAUCACUAGUCUGGCUUUCGAGAUUCAUGACGGGAUGUUUCGGAAGGAGGAAGAACUGACUCCAUCGCAGAGGGGCUUAGCCGUGAGGCGCAUGCCGAGUCCCCUGGAGUAUGUAAGUUAUACCUGCAACUUCAUGGGUAUCCUGGCAGGCCCUCUCUGCUCUUACAAAGACUACAUUACUUUCAUUGAAGGCAGGCCAUCCCACAUGCCACAGUCCAGUGAGAAUGGAAAAGAAGAGCAGCAACAUGAAAGAGCAGACCCGUCUCCAAACGCAGCAGUUACUGAGAAGCUCCUCGUCUGUGGACUCUCUUUAUUAUUUCACUUGACCGUCUCCAACAUGCUGCCCGUGGAGUACAACAUCGACGAGCACUUCCAGGCCACCGCAUCGUGGCCAGCCAAAGCCACCUACCUGUAUGUCUCUCUUUUGGCUGCCAGACCUAAGUACUACUUUGCGUGGACCUUAGCCGACGCCAUUAACAACGCUGCAGGCUUUGGGUUCAGAGGGUACGACAGGAACGGAGUGGCUCGUUGGGACUUAAUUUCCAACUUGAGAAUUCAGAAAAUAGAGAUGUCAACAAGCUUCAAGAUGUUCCUCGACAACUGGAAUAUCCAGACAGCUCUUUGGCUCAAAAGGGUGUGUUAUGAACGAGCGACCUUCAGUCCGACAACCCAGACAUUCUUUCUCUCUGCCAUUUGGCACGGGGUCUACCCAGGAUACUACCUGACGUUCCUCACAGGAACGUUAAUGACGUUAGCAGCGCGGGCUGUAAGAAAUAACUUUAGACAUUAUUUCGUCGAACCCCCUCAACUUAAGUUAUUUUAUGACAUCAUAACGUGGGCAGCAACACAAAUAACAAUCAGUUACACAGUUGUACCGUUUGUGCUUCUCUCUAUAAAACCAUCAUUCACGUUUUACAGCUCCUGGUAUUACUGCCUGCACAUCUGCAGUAUCUUAGUGUUGCUGUUACUGCCUGUGAAAAAAUCUCAAAGAGGAAAGAGCACACAGGAAAAUGUUCAGCUGUCACGGGUCAAAAAGUUUGACGAAAGAGAAAAUUCUCUGGGACAGAACAGUUUUUCCACCACAAAUAAUGUUUGCAGUCAGAACCAAGACACUGCCUCUAGACACUCGUCACUAACGCAAUGACCGGGAGAGCAUGUGGUGGCUGUUUUCCGCCUGUGAACAGAAACCAGUCUUGACGCCUUUCCAGAGACUACCUGGGUGGAAGUGGGACAGUCUCAGAUGGGGGAUUUUCUGUACACCAGAUUGGAAAUGGAAUGAAAUAACCCUUCCCAUGCCAUGUUCCUGUGGGUCACGCCUUAUACAAAAUCUUUCCCUGUUUCGAUAGGGCACUCUGACCUCAGCCUAUGCCCUCAAGGUCAUACGUGUGCCCUGUUGCUGAAUGUACAUUGCGUAUCCCGAGGCCCUGAAGAGGUGGAAGAGUGGUCGUGUCAAUCUGGACGAUUGUAAGGUUACCUUUUCCCAAUUGAAUGUCUUGCCUUAAACCUUCUGUUCCCUAAGAUGUUAUUCCUGGUUGGUGUUUUCAAGCGUACUAGCGUAAGGAGAUGAUUUCAAUAUUUGAUGCAGUGUGCCACAAAGUGGAAUUGAGGCAGAGUUUAAACCGAAUAUUUAAGAUGGUGGGUACUUGAAAAAUGCAAUAAACAUCUCAGUAUUCGAAGGGUUUUCUUAAGGUAGCUCAGAGGACCGCACACGUGGUAGGACUGUAAGCGGUCGGGGCUGUAAAAUUACAGGUAGCUUAUUUUGCUGGGAGCUUAAUUACCUGGUGUCAGUUAGGGGGCCCUUUCAGGAGGACUUUCUUAAACAUAAUUAAAGGUUGGCAGUGUGAUAUUUUAGGCUUAUUUUCUUAAGGAAAAAAAAAGAAGAAGAUGAGGUAAGCAGGACCGAACGAAGAAAGCACUGUGUGGUCUGGGGCCGCAGGCGGAGGCCUCCCCAUUCUGUGUCCAAGAUCAGUGACUGUGAGAGACACAAAAGUUUAAUACCUUGAUCAUACUGUGGACUUUCUGAAGAAAUCUCUUGAGCAUAAAUUACAUAGAAUUAGAAGAGAUUUUAAGAGUAACAGUGGUAGAUUAUUUGAAGAUUUUGAAAGAAAUCUCUAGUAAUUAAGGUUAUUGUAUGGUUCAUCGGUGUCUUGUCCCUGUCAUUUUCAUUGCUAUUUGGGAAAAAUUUAGGGAAAAGAAAACUUAGUUGCUGAGUCUAAGUGACAUUUUUUUUAAAAAAAAUUAAUAAAUUAGUUUCUACAUUCUUUAACUUCAUGCAUUAAAAUUCUUCCGUUGAACUCUUGUUAAAAAUGGGUGUUAGAUUCUAUCAAAACAAAUAUGUGUUUUCCUCCUAGCGUUCACUGUUGCCCUGAGUGACUGGCUGUCUUUGAUCCAACAGCAGGGUGCUGUGGGGUGCAACAGCUGUGAGUAAGGGGUGGAUUGGAGGCCACAGAACCAAGCCAUAGACUAUAGGUUCCGCCUUGUGCAAAAGGCUGGGCUUUGGGGCCUCUCUGUUAUUGACCAAUAUUUUUGUGAAAUUCGUUUUGGUUUUUUGCCUUACAUUUUCAAAUGAAAUGCAAAAUGUCAGUCUACGAUGAGUUGGGUUUUGUUUUUUGUUUGUUUUUGUUUACUAAUACACUUGUGAGUAAAGUUAAGGAGGGACCAGCAAUGGUGGUGUAAAGUUUAAGAUCACAGUGGUACAGAGAGAGGCCAGUGUGGCAUUCUAGGACUUUAGAGGUCUGUGCUGCAGGCACAUUUGCUUUUCUGAAGGCAGCUCUUUUGCAUCUGAUUACAAGGGUCCUCCCCAUCCUCUCCCAGGGAAAGGGCAGGUAAAUACUUUUUUUAUUUUUCCCAUGCGCAUGUCGAAAUCAACCUAGCUGUAGAAUUCUAGAGGAAAGAAAAGAAUGUUUAUGGAAAGUAUCCAUCCCUGAAUGUCUGCACCUUGGAGAAUCCAAUCACUAUUAGAGAAAGCUAUCAGCCCCAGGGCUUACGAGACAACCCUAGGCACCUCCUAAGGGAAAACUGGAGAGCCAGUGAAACUGCUGAAGGCUUGCUGGGUGGCUCUGGCCACUUACAAAUAACCCCCAUUUAUUUAUUUCUGUUACCUGAACACAUUUUAUUUCUAGGCCUAUACUCUUGAGUUGCUGUUGCCGGUUUCCUCUCAAAGAAUUUAUAAUCAAAGUAUUAUCAUCCAAAAUGCAAGACAGUGACCAUUGUUCUAGUUCCCGAAGGAUGCUACAUGGCGCAUCUGAUUUGACUGAGUUCUUUUUUUCAAUUCUUCUGCAGCUAUCAGUUACAUUAAUGAGAUCAUUUUUUUUUGGAUGGCUGUCUUCUAAUUUGGAGAAAUAAUCACAAUUAUACAAUCUAAAAUAAAAUAAAUGCUGUUUUCAAUUUUUCUCAAAAGAUAUGUUUUAUAAAAUGAACAUAAUUUCAUUUUAUAGGAUGUUCUAUAAAAUGAACAUAAUUUUGGGAUGUUGUAAAGGUUAUUUUGCUUCUUCUUAGAAGGAUUUAAAUUAAUGUUUGUGCUACUGUUAAUUGUGAAGGAGGUCAUUAUAAUAUGUACUUGCUGCAUUUAGCCGGCAAAACAGGUUUCAGCGUGUGUUUAUAUUGUUUUUCCAUCCCUAGAGUGUCAUGAAGUCACUCUAGAGAGGGUCCGUCUACAUUAUAUUUAUACUUCUGUUUGAUUCUGUACUACUCAGGGAAAAUAGAACAAGAAUAUUCUUUCCUCAAUUUCAUUUUCUUGAAACAAUAAUUGUUAAUUUGAUGUGUCUCAGCUCCGCUGUUUUUGAAAUAACGCAUCUUAAUUAGAACUCAGAGUGACCGGGGAAGCUUGCUUAGCUUCUGGAAUUCCUGAAGUUGGAGAGAAGGCUGGCUGGGCUUCAGAGGUGCCCAGUCGCUAUGUCUUAGCAUGUUCGUCCCUACCACGGUAACACCCAUGCAGGGUAUUCCCACACAUAACCAUUUUUGAAGUCGCCAUCUAGAAAGUGAUGACGAUUUCCUUUAAGUACUAAUUGGACUUGUUGGUCCUUGCCCGACUCGACCCUAUCCCCAUCCAGGUCCCCACCAAGGCUCAUCCCCGUCUCCCCCACUCCUGAAGGGCAGGUUCACAAAGGGAGCUGAUCACUGGCGGCUGCUUCUUAUUACUGGAAUUUAAGGUGCUUACUUUUAAAAAAAAUGGUUGUCUAGCAACAGGAAGAAUGCCUUUUAAUCCAUUAACCCAGAAUGUGUAGCAACAUGCAUUUCCCCUUUGCUUUCAAUGGUUUCUGUUUCUGCUGGGUAAAAUUGGAGAGGAUUUAUUCCAUUAAAUACUGCCCAUAUAUUGCUGAUUUUACUGGACAGGAUUAUCAGUGUGUAUUUUCUCAAUAAUUAUUUCAUUCAAAGAAUCUAGUUAUUCUAUAUUUUAAAUGACAGAAAGCAAUUUUAAAUUGCCAUCAAAAUAACCAUAACGGUUUUACUUUUGAAGACUAGAUUAAACGUUUAGGACAAAUGCUCUCCCUGUUUAAAACCUGUACCUCCCCAGUCUUCAAACCCUGAGCAAAUCUGGACAGUUGUACUUCCUAGAUGUUCAUUAGCAUCAGCUCAUUGAUUCUACGAGCUCUCUACAACAGCUGACACAUUCCUGAGAGGGUGGACUGCGUGUCCACCGAGAGUCAGCUCAAAUGCACAGUUAUAAACCAGUAUUUUGAAGGGUUUUAUAUUCUGGUAUUAACAGUCUACCCUGGCUGAAAUAUCACAGACCCAGUUGAACCUAGGUGCAGAAUUCGAGCUUACACUGUGACUGUAGCCUUAGCUGCCCCAGGACCAUGCGUACCUGUUACACUCCACUAGUGACAUCUGAGGACUAGCUGAUCCUUUCUACUCCUGCCUUGGAUGCUAAAUUUCUGCUUCCCACUGCCCUUGGAAGAGUGAGUUUGCAUCAGAGAGGCUUCCGGAUGCUGGAGGAAGAGAUUUGCGUUGAAAACAAACCCACUCUGAAUUUUGAGUUUGAUGGAUUAGGACCUAGCAGUUCUCGACAGUGACUUUACUGAAACAACGUGCAGUCAAAUCUAUUUAUAGUGACUUUCCUUAUUGAAAGACAUUUAAAAUGAAAUUUUCCACGUCAAUAUUUUGUAGGAAUGCUCUUAUAAUCAACGACUAAGCUGCUUUUUGAGGCUCUUGUUGUACAGAGGGUGCAGCCAGUUACAUUUUAACUAGUGGGCUGCUUACUAAUGUUUUGUAUGUUUCCAGAUAAUAAUUUAUUUUAGUAGGUUUUUAACACAAUGCAAACUCCAGUGAAGAAGUGAGAAGAUGCUCCGUGGGUCGUUGGUUGGGGAAACUUUGUCAAACAGAACAUAAUGACACAUUUAUACGCCAGCCAAUUUGUCUUGCCUUUAAAGCUGGCCGUAAACUCUCAGUGCCAUUUUUAUAAAGCAAGGGACAGCCUCUCUGUCCUAUAAAUAACACUCCAGAGAUGUACAUCCAACCCCUGUCUGAAACCGACCCAAUGAUACACAGCCACCUCUAGCUAGGUUUUCUUACAUUUUGCUACUGUAACCGACACUGGAAUCUAAUGUAAAGUCAGAAGUUACAGAGCAAGGGAGGUAAAUGACUCAGCAUUUCUCAGGCACUUGCCUGGGGUGGGUCUCCUAUUGCCCACUCUGAGCCUCUGCUUCCUACUGGCUCUGUUUUGGAUUAACUUCUUUGAGAGAUUGAUUUGUUAUUGAUCUUCUCUGUCCUUUCAUAGGGGGGAGGACACAUGUAGAGUGUUGGACAAGCUUUUAAAAGAUGUGUGUUUCCCCACUUUAAAUGUCUUUGGUUCUGUAUACACCCGUCCGACAGUAAAGUCCAUUCGCUGCUGACUUGGUCACAUACAGAAGACUCCUGUUUGAAUGAAAAUACAAUCCUGUCUAUCUUUUGUCAUUUUUUUUUUUUUUUUUUUUGUACGUGAAGGUGUCUCCACACCAGAAGGAACACCACAGGAGGCGAUAGGAAUGAAAGGGACAUGGACUCCUUGACGUGAAAGCCCCGUGGUGAUAAGGUGAAGGUGCCUGGCUCCAGAUCCGCCUCGCCUUCCAGCUGGACUCUAGCAAAGUCCUCCUGACCUGAGUGAGGCCUCAGCUCCCACAGCCAGUGUUCCCAGGGUUUCCCUUUGCCUUCCCGGGUGGAGAAUAUUGUGUGGUGGUCUGUGCUUUUUUUUUUUUUUUCACUCCAAAAUAUUGUUUUUAAAGAAGUGUUAUUUUCCAAUCAACUCACAAAUCUGUUCUCAUUGUAUGGUGAACUGAAACCAUCACUGUGUCAGCUAAGCUGUGCCGUGACGGAUCCUAGCCACGCUCGUCCGUCCGUGUCCUCAGAGCUGCCUGGUGGCCGAUUGCUGGCAUCUAAAGGUGUUUUUAACCUACAUGUUUUU